AUGCUUUAUUUGUUCUCUUUAUGUGUGCUACUGAGCUUGGCUUGGUGUUAUGAAGAUCGUGCAACUGACGACUUAGACAGACUCUGGGGCCAAGAUUGGCCAUUUAGUGGGAUCAAUACUUAUGCUCAUCUACCACACCAAAAAUGUCUAUUGGACAAGAAUUUUACUUUUGAUAUUGGUAUAAUUGGUGUCCCAUUUGACAGUGCAGUAACUUAUCGUCCAGGAGCUCGAUUCGGUCCCCAGGCAAUUCGUGCGGCCUCUCAGCGUCAGAUCCCAAUUCGUAGUUUCAAUUUCAGAGCUGGAAUUAAUCCUUAUCAGAAAUGGGCCAAAGUUGUGGAUUGUGGUGACAUACCCGUUACUCCAAUGGAUAGCAGUUUAGCCCUGGAAAUGAUGACAGCUGCUUAUGAGAAUUUGCUCGAUAGAGAUAGUGAGUAUUCAAAGAGCUCGAUGCCACCUAGACUACUUUCGCUAGGCGGAGACCAUAGUAUUAUUUUACCAGUGAUUCGAAACCUUUACAAGCUUUACGGCCCCAUCACAGUUUUACACUUUGAUUCACACCUGGAUACGUGGUCUCCAUCAAAGUAUCCCUCCUAUUGGCAUAGUAAGUCCUCUAAAUUCACUCAUGGCUCAAUGUUAUGGAUGGCAAAGCAAGAGGGUCUUUUGUCCGAGCAUAAUGUUCACGCUGGUUUAAGAACCCGUCUAAGUGGCGUGGAUUGGGAAGACUACGAAGAUGAUGAUGACGUUGGUUUCCACAGAAUUGAAAGUGAUGACAUUAUCAGACUCGGUGUACAAGGGUUAGCUGAAAAGAUUAAGCAGCUCCUUCCAAAAAAACAACCACUUUAUAUUUCAGUGGACAUCGAUGUUCUGGACCCUAGUGCAGCUCCUGGAACAGGUACCGUCGAGGCGGGCGGUUGGCUCACAAGGGAACUUAUAUACCUCUUACGCUCUUUGGAGGAUUAUCCAAUCGUCGGAGCCGACGUGGUAGAAGUUUCCCCGCCAUUCGAUCAGAGUGAGAUAACAGCUAUAGCUGCUUCGCAAAUAGCCUAUGAACUGCUCACUUCGAUGGUGAAAAGUGGCCCUAUAGAACCGCAAAUGAUCCAAGAAAAUGGCCUGUUCAAUCUAAGAGCCUUGCAAGAUAAUCAUGUGGAUUUUUCUGCUGCAAAGCCAGAUACAGACUAUGAUAAACUUUUGUAA